UCGGGUCGUUAACAAAUGAAUUCUUUAUCUUCUCAGAAGACCGCAACACACACAAAGGCCCAAUCAGAGGCCGCGGUUCUAGGCGGCCGGAGAGGCGGGGCUGAGCCGGCACCUCCUUCCUUCCCGCCUCCCGCCGGGGCCGUCCGGUCCUCACGGACUUCGGGACGCCCCGCCCCCGGACAGGCGCCGCGGCUAUUGGGCGUUGGAGUCAUUCGAUGCCCGAUUUGCAGCCAAGAAUGUGCUGAGAGACACAUCAUAGAUAAUUUUUUUGUGAAGGACACUACUGAGGUUCCCAGCAGUACAGUGGAAAAGUCUAAUCAGGUAUGCACAAGCUGUGAAGACAAUGCAGAAGCUAAUGGGUUUUGUGUAGAGUGUGUUGAAUGGCUUUGUAAGACAUGCAUUAGAGCUCAUCAGAGGGUGAAGUUUACAAAAGACCACACUGUCAGACAAAAGGAGGAAGUAUCUCCAGAGGCAGUUGGUGUGACUAGUCAGCGACCAGUGUUUUGUCCUUUUCAUAAAAAGGAGCAGUUGAAGCUUUAUUGUGAGACGUGUGACAAAUUGACAUGUCGGGACUGUCAACUGCUAGAACACAAAGAGCAUAGGUACCAGUUUAUAGAAGAGGCUUUUCAGAAUCAGAAAGUGAUCAUAGAUACACUAAUCACCAAACUGAUGGAAAAAACGAAAUAUAUAAAAUAUACAGGAAAUCAGAUCCAAAACAGAAUAAUUGAAGUAAACCAAAAUCAAAAGCAAGUGGAACAAGAUAUUAAAGUUGCUAUCUUUACGUUGAUGGUAGAAAUAAAUAAAAAAGGAAAAGCUCUGCUGCAUCAGCUAGAGAGCCUUGCAAAAGAUCAUCGCAUGAAACUUAUGCAACAGCAGCAGGAAGUGGCUGGGCUUUCUAAACAGCUGGAACAUGUCAUGCAUUUUUCUAAAUGGGCAGUUUCCAGUGGCAGCAGUACAGCAUUACUUUAUAGCAAACGACUGAUUACAUACCGGUUACGGCACCUCCUUCGUGCAAGGUGUGAUGCUUCCCCAGUGACCAAUAACAUCAUCCAAUUUCACUGUGAUCCUAGUUUCUGGGCCCAAAAUAUUAUCAACUUAGGUUCUUUAGUAAUUGAGGAUAAAGAGAGCCAGCCGCAAAUGCCUAAGCAGAAUCCUGUCGUGGAACAGAAUUCACAACCACCAGGUGGUUUAUCUUCAAACCAGUUAUCCAAGUUUCCAACCCAGAUCAGCCUAGCUCAAUUACGACUCCAGCAUAUGCAGCAACAGGUAAUGGCUCAGAGGCAACAGGUGCAACGGAGGCCAGCACCUGUGGGUUUACCAAACCCUAGGAUGCAGGGGCCCAUCCAGCAGCCUUCCAUCUCUCAUCAGCAACCCCCUCCGCGUUUGAUAAACUUUCAAAAUCACAGCCCUAAACCCAAUGGACCAGUUCUUCCUCCUCAUCCUCAACAACUGAGAUAUCCACCAAACCAGAAUAUGCCACGGCAAGCAAUAAAGCCCAACCCACUACAGAUGGCUUUCUUGGCUCAACAAGCCAUCAAACAGUGGCAGAUCAGCAGCGGACAGGCUGCCGCCACAACUGCCAGCAGCUCAUCCUCUACUCCUUCCAGCCCCACCAUCACGAGUGCAGCAGGAUAUGAUGGAAAGGCUUUUGGUUCACCUAUGAUUGAUCUGAGCGCACCAGUGGGCGGUUCUUACAAUCUUCCUUCUCUUCCUGAUAUUGAUUGUUCAAGUACUAUUAUGCUGGACAACAUUGGGAGGAAAGAUACCAGCACAGAUCAUGGCCAGCCCAGACCGCCCUCCAAUAGAACCGUGCAGUCACCAAACUCAUCAGUGCCCUCUCCAGGGCUCGCAGGACCUGUUACUAUGACUAGUGUCCAUCCCCCAAUACGUUCACCUAGUGCCUCCAGCGUUGGGAGCCGGGGAAGCUCUGGUUCUUCCAGCAAACCAACAGGAGCUGAUUCUACACACAAAGUCCCAGUAGUCAUGUUGGAGCCAAUCCGAAUAAAACAAGAAAACAGUGGACCACCUGAAAAUUAUGAUUUUCCCGUUGUUAUAGUGAAACAAGAAUCAGAUGAAGAAUCUAGGCCUCAAAAUACCAACUAUCCAAGAAGCAUACUUACUUCCCUGCUCUUAAAUAGCAGUCAGAGCUCUGCUUCUGAGGAGACUGUUGUAAGAUCGGAUGCCCCUGAUAGCACUGGGGAUCAGCCUGGACUUCACCAGGAGAAUCCCUCCAAUGGGAAGUCGGAGUGGCCCAAUGCCUCCCAGAAGUCACCCGUUCAUGUUGGGGAGACAAGGAAAGAGGAUGACCCCAACGAGGACUGGUGUGCAGUUUGUCAAAAUGGAGGAGAACUGCUGUGCUGUGAGAAGUGUCCAAAAGUUUUCCACCUCUCUUGUCAUGUGCCCACGUUGACAAAUUUUCCAAGUGGAGAGUGGAUUUGUACUUUCUGCCGAGAUUUAUCUAAACCAGAAGUUGAGUAUGAUUGUGAUGCUCCCACUCACAAUUUGGAAAAAAAGAAAACUGAAGGUCUUGUUAAAUUAACACCAAUAGAUAAAAGGAAGUGUGAACGCCUACUUUUAUUUCUUUACUGCCAUGAAAUGAGCCUGGCUUUUCAAGACCCUGUUCCUCUAAUUGUGCCUGAUUAUUACAAAAUAAUUAAAAAUCCAAUGGACUUAUCAACCAUAAAGAAAAGACUGCAAGAAGAUUCUUCCUUAUACACAAAGCCUGAAGAUUUUGUGGCUGAUUUCAGAUUGAUCUUUCAGAACUGUGCUGAAUUUAAUGAGCCUGAUUCAGAAGUAGCCAAUGCUGGUAUAAAACUUGAAAGCUAUUUUGAAGAACUUCUAAAGAACCUUUAUCCAGAAAAAAGAUUUCCUAAAGUAGAAUUCAGGAAUGAAUCAGAAGAUAAUAAAUUUAGUGAUGAUUCAGAUGAUGACUUUGUACAGCCCCGGAAGAAGCGCCUCAAAAGCAUCGAGGAGCGCCAGUUGCUUAAAUAAAGCAGCACCAUUGGCGUAUGUCUGUUGGAGAUUUUUUGUUUGUCAGUAAUUUAACAUCAUUAUAAAGAAGAAUUUGUGAGCUGUUUUUGAUGUUUACUAGACUAUUUCUUUAAUCUAUUUCUUUUAACCUCUUAUUAAAAAGAAUGAAAAAGAGGAAAGGAAGGAAAUGAAUGGAAGAAAGAAAAUGAAGGAGGGGAGGGAAAAAGGAUGGUAGAAGAAAAGGAGAAAGAAGCAUCAAUAACAAAAAGACGUUCUUCCCACUUCUUGGAUUCAGAACCACAAUCUGGAGUGAUAGCUACUAUAGAAAGGAAAUAGACUUUGUAUGAACUCUUAAGUUGAAAAGUUAAGUGGUUUGAAUGUAUGCGUUAAUCCGUUGUUAGAAAAUUAAUGCCACUACCCAUUAAUUAUCACCCAGCCAUAGACCUAGGUUUGAGGGGGAUACCAAAUGGUCUGAUAAAAGGAUAGAUUAGAUGCCAUUAAGAAGGUUCUUAAUAGUAUAUUAUGAGAGGUGGCAACGGUAUUAAAGAAAAAUCAGGAAAACAAAUGCUUUUUGUUUUUGUUUUUAUCUUCUCUAUAGAGGUGUUUGGUAUAGCUGGUUUUUAAGGCCAUGUUUCAUACAUUACUAGAUCUAGAUUUUCUUUAGCUUCUUCCUGUGACAGAAGGAAGUGAGCACAUGUUUGAUUUUGAUGUGUGUCUGUGUGUUGUUUGUUGUGGUUGUUGUUUUUUUUAACUUUGUAGAUAGUCCUCUAAUAAACAGGGCUUUGGAGUAUGGCUUUUAGUGGAACUACCCAGUUUUGAAAUACAGCAGGUGCACUGUAUUUAAUGUGAGAUUUCUUCAACGUAUGCCCUGUUGGGCACUAAAUAUAAGUUCCCCUAAAAGGGACUAAUUUUGUGGUUGUUAUAUGUCUUUAUAAUUUCUAAUGAAAAUGUGUUGUAGGAUUUGGAACAGGCAGUUGGGGAAAAUUAUUAGUGAACAUUUUUUUCUUGAAGCAUCUACUUCCUGGUUGGUUGAUUGGCUUUUAAAGAAUCAGAAACUCAUAUUUCAUCUUUGAUCUGAAUUGGGAAUUUCAUUUUCAGUGGUAGAUAUACAAAAAUCCAUUUUCUGAGGACAGGUAUAUUCUUAAUGGGCAGAUCCAGCUAUUGUUCAUUGAUUAUUUUAGGAUCAGAUGACCUGUCAAAGAAGAAAAUUAGGUUAAGAUAGAAGAGAAUUACUGUGCCAUACACUAAUCCAACAUUUUACAAAAUACACACGAAUAUUUUUAGUUUUCCAAAGUAAACAUUUCUUAAUAAAACACUACAAUUAAUGUUUGAUUGGAGGAAAGCUUUCUCUUUAGGAUGACAAAAUAAAAUACAAUUGAAUUGAA